AUGUCCCCACCAGGUUCGCCUGCGCAGAAUGCGCCGCCGCAUAUCCGCCUCAACUCCAGCACCACCGACAUUGGCACCGACGCUCCCGCCGAGCGCCCAGGCCCGGCGCGCCUGGACUCGUCGCGCUCCUUGACCGUCGACACGCGGCCCGUGUACAACCAGCCCGGCCCUGCUCAAGAGUCCGCCGAGUUCCUCAUCCCGCCGCGCCCCUCGCGCACGCGAAGGUUCCGUGACGAAGAGUCGCCCGGCUACUCGUCGCGGAGGACCAGCUGGAGCUCCGAGUCGGGUGAAAGUCACGGCCCUUUCUAUUCGCCCUUUGACGAGUCAAGGACCCCGUCCAGGGCUGGCAGUGACGACGAGUUGAAUCUCAACACCCAGACUGUCUCGGAAAAGUACAACAUAACGCCCUCUGCCGGCCUCCUGCUGUUUCCCGAGGACGUUGAGAAGGAUGACUGGCUACACGAGCCGGACCCGGCCGACAAAGAGCCUCGCGACUGCAACAUAUGGAACAGGCGUGGCAUGCUCAAUGUCGGCGGUCUUGCUUUGCUCUCCCUGGGCCUGCUGAUGCUCUUCAUCGGCUAUCCCAUUCUCACCUUUGCGCAGAGGCUUAUCGACCCAACGGGAAAUGCUUGCGCAAAGGACCCCAAUUGCAUCGACGUCCAACAAGACUUGCUGAAAAACAUUCGACACGGCUUGAUCGAUCCCGACACGCCCGAUAGCGUCAAGUCUCGCAAAUCCUAUUACUCGGGCAAGAAGCAAGUUCUUGUGUUCUCGGACGAGUUCAAUACCGACGGUCGGACCUUUUACGACAAGGACGAUCCUUAUUUCCAAGCUGUUGAUUUAUGGUACGGAGUGACACAGGAUCUUGAGUACUACGAUCCCGAUGCGGUAACUACCAAGGAUGGAACACUCAAUAUUCGCUUCGAGGCCUUCGCAAAUCACGAUUUGGAGUAUCGGUCCGGCAUGCUCCAGUCGUGGAACAAGCUCUGCUUCAAAGGCGGUCACCUCGAGGCGUCCAUUUCCCUCCCCGGCCGAGGAGACACUGUCGGUUUCUGGCCAGGCUUUUGGGCCAUGGGUAACUUGGGUCGACCAGGAUAUGCUGCCACAACAGACGGCAUGUGGCCAUACAGUUACUCGGACACCUGUGACGCUGGCAUCACUGCCAAUCAGAGCUCGACUGACGGUAUCAACUACCUGCCAGGAAUGAGGUUGCCUGCUUGCACCUGUGACGGAGAAGACCACCCGAACCCGGGAAAGUCGAGAUCUGCACCUGAAAUCGAUGUCAUCGAAGCAAGUAACGCGCCUCUGGCCUCGGGGGACUACAUCGGUGUUGUUUCGCAGAGUUGCCAGUUGGCGCCAUUUGAUAUUUGGUACCAGCCAGACUAUGAUUUCUUCGAGGUCUACGACCACUCCAUCACUGAGAUCAACCCCUAUGCUGGAGGCCCAUACCAGCAGGCUAUUUCCGGCCUGUCCAACCUGAACAACGAUUGGUACGACGGCAACGCGUACCAGAAGUAUGCUUUUGACUACACUCCCGGCGAUUCAGGAUUUGUUACAUGGUUUGUUGGCGAUGAGCCCAUGUGGACACUCGACGCAAGAGCGAUUGGCCCCAACGGAAAUGUUGCUCAAAGAGUGAUUCCAGAGGAGCCCAUGUCGCUCAUCAUUAAUUUCGGCAUGUCCGAUAGCUUCUCAUCGAUCAAUCUCACUGGCAUUGCUUCCACGCUGCCGGCCACCAUGAGAAUCGAUUACAUCCGCAUCUACCAGGAUGAGGAUAACGAACUCAUGACGUGUGACCCUCCUGACUACCCCACCACAGAAUACAUUGCCAAUCAUCCAGAGCCAUACAGUAACAUUAAUCUGACCCGAUGGCAUCAAACGGAUUACGAUUGGCCGGAGAACUCCCUCGUUCAUGAGUGUAGCUCCAGUAAGAGCUCAUAG